AUGGCGUUUGUAAACGUCUUCCACUCGCCAUUUGUUGUCCCAUCCCUGGCCAGGACCACCGCGAUACAUGCACGGCUGUGUCCAGCAGGCGCUGUACAAUUUUCUGACAGCGCACUACCUGCCGUCCUCUUCGGAAAACCGAGCACAUCGGAUACUCAAGACAACACUAUGGAAGCCCCCGUUGAUCUUGACUGGCUUUUGAAUAACCAGGAACUCGAUUAUGGGACUCCCGCGCCGCUGAUGCCUGGGAGUUAG